GAUUUGACAGCAAUCGAAGUAGUAAAGUAUUUAAAAACCUAUGUCUCUGAUGUGUACUUUUGUGGUUGUUUUGAUAGUAACACUGUUUAGUCAACAGCUAAAAGCAAAUGAUGUGCAGACAACUAACACAGGACCAGUUACAGGUGUCAUGGAGAGCUUAGCUUACAAUGUGGCUAGUAUUACAGAUGAACUAAAUUUGGAAUUGGGUUCUAAGAUUGAACGUACGUCCAGCUCUUUACUUGGCAAUAUGGAAGUUGUAAUAGCAAAUGCAAUGUCUGAGUUGUCUACACCAAUCUAUGAAGCUGAUCAAAAACUAACGUCUGGUACUUGUGAGCUCGACUGGAGCAUGAACGAUUUACGAAAACGGAUCGAUGGUGAACUGCAGGAAUGUACACAAGAUAUUAGUGAAAUUAUGCAAGCCUUUGAGAGCGAUGCAGCCGGUAUUACUAGCGCUUUACAAACGUUCAUUGAUGAAAUCGUCAAUUUACCCGUUGUCUGCAACAUGCUUACCACAUUCUCAAGCAGUACCAAUUGCUUUGUCAAUAGGAUGGCCGAUAUUAAUAUUGAAAUUGGUAAGCAGCUUAAAGUUGCUAGUAACACCCUGUUACGUACACGUCAACUUACUCAAUCAAGUGUUGCUGCUGCUGAGAAGUGUACCAGUAACAUGGUGGCGGGAACACAGCGUUUCUUAACAGAAGAGAUGGCAAAAUGUUGAUUGAUAUGAGGUUUAAGAUUUGCUUAAGAACAUUGAUUAAUAAAAAUCAAAACAAUUAAAAAUUUUAAUUAAUAAUAAAUGCAUUUAGCAAAUGAAAAUAAAAGGG